AUAAAAAGGUCUUGGCCUGGUGCCAAAAAGCAAAGAAUGUCGGCGCCAGGCGGACCUCUCUGGGGAGCGCAUUCCAUAGGUGGGGCGCCUAUGGACAAUGGAAUGACAAGAAACGGAACUUGACGUUUCCUGACGUUUCUUGUCAUUCCGUUGUCCGUUCCCCCAGUUUGGAGAGUCCUUUUGGAACAUGCCUUUUCACAAGCCUAAACAUUGUGCAGUCCUUUGCCUCCUCAGCCCCCCCCCCCCGCCCCCCGUGCACCCCAACUGCAGUUAACUGAUACGGGAGCUGAAGACGCAUGGCUGGAAGAGCCAUUCAGGAGGACGAGCUGCACCUUCCCCACCAUCAUGGGAACUGCCCAUUCCAGUUGCCCGCUGUUCCUGCUCCUUCAAGGAUUAACCACUCCCUGGAGAAACCGGCCUUUUAUCUUUCGUACCAUGGAUAAAAGGUUGCACCACCUUAUCUCUGAAGUGCUGUUGGCUGUGCUGCUGUAAAUGUGGGUGCUCUCAUGGUUCAGGAGCUGUUUGGAGGCGCGCUCGGCUGGCGCUGUAAAUGACAAUGAGUAACUGGAAGUCUGAAGGGCGAAGGCGGCACUGACGGCCACCGAGACACCGGGAAACGCCGCAGAGGCAGCAGCCGCCGCUGUCCGCCUCAGGACAGGCCAGUGAGGAUCCUGGAAAGGCCCUCUUGAUGCGGCCGCUGGCACCUGAUGCUCCCGGGGCAUCCGGCGGUGCCUUGUGCCUGGCUGCCCGGUAAUCUGCUGCGGGCUCCGUGGCUGCCCCGAAGAGGCUGCCCCUGAACUGGCAGAAGGCAAAGAAGAUGGCUGCCUCCCUGGGCAGCACAACCGUGGUCACCCACGUUCUCGUGGCCCUCUUCGGGAUGGGCUCCUGGGUCUCCGUCAACUCCCUGUGGGUGGAGCUGCCCGUGGUGGUGAAGAUGCUGCCGGAAGGCUGGAACCUGCCCGCCUACCUGUCCGUGCUCAUCGCCCUGGGAAACAUCGGCCCCGUGAGCGUGACGCUGGCGCACCACUUCGCCCCCGGGCGGCUGAGGGAGCGCUGGCUGAUCCACGCCAUCCAGGGCCUGGCCGUGGGGGCCGCCCUGCUCCUGGCCCUCUUCUGGGACCGCACGGCCGUGGUGGCCGGUGAGCCGCACAGCGUCGGCUUCCUGGCCCUGGCCUUCGUGCUGGCGCUGGGCUGCUGCACCUCCAACGUCUCCUUCCUGCCCUUCAUGUACCAGUUCCCGCCGCUGUUCAUCCGCACCUUCUUCGUCGGGCAGGGCCUCAGCGCCCUCCUCCCCUGCGUGCUCGCCCUGGGCCAGGGCGUGGGGCAGCUGGAGUGCCUCAACGGCACCCAGCCCCACUACCCGGAGGAGAACUUCUCGGCCACCGCCUACUUCUGGCUGCUGCUGGCCCUGCUGGCCGUCUCGGCCCUGGCCUUCCUGGCGCUGGCGCUCUGGCACCGCCCCAGCGCCGCCCCGGAGGAGAGGCGCCCCUCCAAGGACGGCGUGGAGUCCGAGGAGUCCUUCCCACUGCAAGUGGACGGCGGGCCCUCGCCCGACCCCUCCGCGGAGACCGUCGCUGCCGGAGAGCGUGCCGGGCCGCCGGCCGCCGCCGCCGCCCCGUCCUUCUGGACCAGGAGGAACGCCGGGCUGCUGGCGCUGCUGGGGCUGUCCAACGCCCUGACCAACGGGGUGCUGCCCGCCGUGCAGAGCUACUCCUGCCUGCCCUACGGGGACCUGGCCUACCACCUCUCCGUGGUGCUGAGCAACAUCGCCAACCCCGUGGCCUGCCUCGUGGCCAUGUUCCUGCUGUGCAGGUCACUGCUGGCCCUGAGUGCUCUCUCCGCCGUGGCCUGCGUGUUCGGGGCCUACCUCAUGGGGCUGGCGGCCCUCAGCCCGUGCCCCCCGCUGGUCGGCACCACUGCCGGCAUCGCCCUGGUGGUGCUCUCCUGGGUCGUGUUCCUGGGCCUCUUCUCCUACCUGAAGGUGGUGGUGGGCAGCCUGCUGCACGAGGCCGGGCACAGCGCCCUGGUCUGGUGUGGGGCCGUCAUCCAGGCUGGCUCGCUGGUGGGGGCCCUCUGCAUGUUCCCCCUCACCAGCAUAUACCAGCUUUUCCACAGAGGAGUCGACUGCAGGGACAACUGCGUGGCGUGAGCUCCCGGGCCUGGAGGGGCCCCGCCAGCCGAGGCCUCUGGAGCUCCUGGCCCCCGGGCAGGGCCUCCGGCACAGGCGAUCCAGCUGGCCUCCGCACAGGGGGUGCCCGUGCCCGCGAGGGGCCCUG